AUGUCAACGGACAUUCCGGGCUCGAAUCGGACUUGUUGGACAUCUUCGGAUCAACUGCGCCUCUCGAACUGCACGAACCAUCCUCCCCCGCCCGCCUCUUCCUCGUCCUCCCCGCCGCAAACAAACUCUGACAAUCCUUCUGAAGCACCACUUCCAUCCUCCUCCUCCUCCUCCUCCUCCUCCUCCUCCUCCUCCGCCUCCGCCUCUACUACCACUGGCCCAUCGGCGGCCGCUCAGGCGGCCGUCUCGCACAUCACCAUCCCCGACACCACAACCAACGCCACCCCCACCUCCCCCGACUCCGGCGAUGAGGAUCAGGACUACACCUGCCCUCACUGCGAACGCACCUUCACCUCACACAUCGGCCUGGUCGGUCACUUGCGGAUCCAUCGCACAGAGACUGGCGAACCAGUGCCUGGAGCACCAACCUACACCCACCGCACUCGCCUCCACUGCCCACACUGCCGUCGCACCUUCACGCACCGCAUGGUCCUAUUCGGCCACAUGCGCAUUCAUGAGAGCGGAAUUGACCGCAAUGCCGACUCAUCCAGCAUGCCAAGCCACACCCCCACCUCAUAA